AUGCCAUCUAUAUCUCUCACUGGCAAGGAGCUUGCACUCGACGCGCGCGUAACACUCCCGCAGGGUGGCGUGGGAUUUCUCCGCUACGUGGGGCUUAUUGAGGGCAAGGAGGAGCGCGGGCUUUUUGCUGGGGUAGAGCUUACGGGCGCCGACGUCGCGCGCGGCAAAAACAGCGGCCUGGCCGAUGGCGUACAUUACUUCCAGGUCGCACAGGCCGGUAGCGGGAUCUUUCUCCCCUACAACCGAUUGGCUACGGCAAACCUCGGAGUCAUGUCGCCCAGCGCUCAUAAACCACGCACCAGUAGCGCCAUGGGUAGGCGGCGGUCCAUGUUGCCAUCGCCUGCGGGGCUAAACCACGGCGACGAGCCCGGCCCCUCGCCUGGCCGCAGUACGCCCACACACUCUAGCCGCGAUAGUGUCCGCUUCAGCUCUAGCAGCCGCUUGUCGCUUGUGCGAAAACCGUCACUCAGCUCGAUACCAUCCGAGUACACGCGCGCGUCGCGGCGGUCGUCCUCUUCGACGUCGACGCUCGCAGACAAGCCGCGCGUGGUGUCUGCACACUCUCCAUACCUCGCACCCAUGCGUAAGUCAUCGCUCCAGUUCUCGCCCGAGCACACGCGCGGGAUCAGCGUGCACAGCUUCAACACCACACGCAGCUCCUCUGACAGCACAUACAGUCUUGAGGAGCGUGCGCGCAUAGACGCACUCCAAUCACCUGUAGCGGUGGGCCGCACGUGCGACAAGCACGAUACCGACAUGCAGGUACGUGCGCUCGCACAGGCCAAGGAUAAGCUAGAGGGCGAGAACGCACUCCUCAGCAGCCGCCUCGAGGAGCGCAGUGAGAUUCUCAACGAGCUCAAGGCGCUUGUUUCGGAGUACGAGCCCGCAAUCGAGGCGUUAGAGCAUGACUUACAACAGCAGGCUGCGCAGCACACAGAGGUGAUUCAUGCUCGCGAUCUCAAGUUGGAAAAGGUCAAGAAUGACAAUGCGCGCGUGACGCAGGAGUUGCGUGAAGCGUUGGCAGAGUUAGAGGGUGACAUGGGCAAGAACCAUGAGUUGUAUCUUGCGGAGGUGGACCGUUUAAAGGACGGUAUCGACGCGCGGGAGCGCUUGAUCGCAGAGUUGCUGCAGGAGAAGGCGCGGUUUGAGGGGAAGACCGAGGCAAUCCGCCAGGAGAGUGCGGGCGAGUUGGCGGCGCUGAAAAGUGCCAUUGAGAGGAUGGAGCUGGCGAUGGUGAAAAUCCAAGAGGAAAUGCGGGGAGCAAAAGAGCGGUACGAGGCAGAGCGAAAGGCAAUCACGGAAGAGAGAGAUAUGUGGAGGGGAAAGGCCGAGGAAGUCCAGGCCGUGGCAGCUGACAAACCCUCGGGCGUUGCUUCUGAAACAUCUCUGUUUGAAACUUCCCACUUAACAUCCAAAAUAGACUCCCUUCUUGCCGAACUCGACGCGAAGAAUGCACAGAUCGAGAUUCUCCAGCGCACCGACGCCUCUGAGGUCGCAGCGCUCCAGGCGAGGCUCAUAGACGCAGAGGCUGAGCUUGUGGAAAAGACGACUGCGGUGGUGAGUUUACAACUGGAGUUGGAAUCCGCCACAGAGAAAUUCAAGGGGGCGCGGGAGCUCGAAGGGGACGAUGUCAAUGCCUUGGAGCGCUUACGAGGGGAGCUUUUGGCGGUGACGCGCCGGCUUGAGGACGCGGACGCGGAGCGUACCGCCCGUGAUACACUCGUGGCGGAGUUGAAAGAGGCGCUUGAGCAGAGCGUACGCGUGAGUGCGUCGGAGCGCGUAAACUUUGAAAAUCAGUUGAAGAUCAUGAGCAACAGCUUUGAUGCGAAGGGAAAUGUGAUGGCGGUGAAGGACAAGUUCAUUGCGGACCUUCAGGCGAAGCUUGCGGCCGCGGCAAGCGAGGCGGCAGAGGAGAAGCGGGCGCUCAAGGCAAAGCUAGCGGCAGGGCCAGAGGCUAUGGGCGAGGCCGCGGGUGAGGACCGCCCCAAGCUCGAGAAAGAAGUCCAAAAGUUGCGCCGCAUCUUGGAAAACACCGCCAGCGGGCUCUUCAACCGUGACCAGCAUAUUGACGAGUUGAAGAAGCAGAUCGACGCCAAGACACGCGAGGCGAGCGUCGACAAGGCGCGUUUGGAGAAAGAAGUACAGUUGUUGCACCUGAAGCUCCAGAACGUGGGGCGGGAUCUUGUGUCAAGAAACCAUACGGUGGAGGAUGUCUCUUCCAGGGCUAUACGCGAGCUGGAGGAUGAGGCACGUAAGGGGGAAAACUCCAGGCUAGAGGAGGACAAUGCAAAGCUCCGCGCCGAAAUCAAAAUCUUAAGUAUCGCGCUCGAGAAGGCGGGCAGGGUGUUGGCCAACAAGAAUGGUGACAUUGAGGUAUUGCGACACCAGGUUGGGUCGCUGGAAAACUUGAAUAUGCGUCCACCGUCGCUCGUGUCGCGCGACAGCGUUUCGUCGGUGAACUCGAUGAAUGAUAUCCAGAUGGAAAACAAGAUGAAGCUUUUGCAGAAGAACCUUGACAAAGCGCAUGCAAGCCUCGCAACAAAGGACAUGAUGAUUAAAGAUUUGAACAAUGAGGUUGGUUACUUGAAUAAGCACAUGGCGAGUGGCAAGUCGUCGUCCAUAAACCCCGGGGCGGCCGAAGUGCGUGCCCAGGAGCUUGCAGCGGUGCGCGCAGAGAAUGCGGCAUUGGCCCAGAUGCUCGAGCGCCUACAGAAGGGUGAGACGCGCCCGGAAGAUGCGCGCGCGGCGUUGUCGCCGCUCCAGAAAUCCAAGUUGGUCGCGGACGCGCAGUUGCACGUGCGUGUAGAGGAGUUGAACGAGACCAUUUCGCGGCUCGAGUCGCAGUUACUGCAGGCCCUUCAGGAAAACAACCACCUCAAUGAUCGGUUAGUGGCAAUAUCGUCGGACUCCCCGGGGUCUACGCACGACGUGGAUGAUUCCGCGGUGUCAGAAAUUUCAGAGUUGAUGGUGUACAAGCCGGAAAGGAGCGAUGUGAGUGCGGGGCGAAAGAUGUGGUGCGGGUUAUGUGAGAGAGAGGGGCACGAUAGUAUGGAGUGUCCAUAUGAAAACGAUAUGUUUUAG